CACAGUACAGCAGGGGUCAGAAGUGAAAACAAAAGUGCAGUGGUAGCGAGCGAAGCCCUCUGCUAUGGCUCAGCAAGAGUUAGGUGUUCAGACUUUGAGCAGGAUCUUGAAGGAUGUAUAGGAGUUUACCAGGAGAAAGGAAGGAUAAAGUAGGAAGGGAAAUAGAAGAAGUGUUUAAGAAAUGUGGAAUCUUUCCUUCAGGCAAAAGGGUAGGAUCCGUAGAAAGGGAAUAGGGCAGAGGAGGAAAGAUCCACAAAUGAGUGUAAAGGUUACGGUUUGCCUCCUACCUAGAAAGGAGUUUGGGCUUUUUAUCCAGAAAGGCAUAGAUAGGGAGCCAGGGAAGGAUCUUAAGUAGAGGAGUGAUAGCUUCUAGGACUUUGUUUUUCAAAGGCUAAGGCUGGGAGGGGUAGACUGGAAGAGAAUAUUAACAUUUAUUCAUCAGUUCCUAUGUACUGGGCAUUGGCUCUGUGUUUUAUCACUCCAACCCUUUAUGAUAGCGUUUUUCAAACUGCCAGUCAUAAUCAAGAAAAGGAAGGCAGGCAGAAAGGAAGGGAGGGAGGAAGGAAGGUUAACAGGAUAGAAAAUAUCAGCGUCUCACGGGUAGGAAGGUUUGAGUAGUGUUUGCAGAAACUUUGUUAUACACUCUCGCAGGGGUGUAAGUGUACUGUAUCAGGAUUCAAAUGUAUUUCUCGCUGUGGCUUAUGGUUAAAAAAGAGAGAGAGCAGCCGCUGCUCUCAGGUGUAGGUGUGGUGAGCCUCAUCGUACGGACGAGGACGGAAGGCGCGGGGAGUUUCAGUACCCUGCCCCUCUCUAAGUGGGAUGUGUAAAUUUUUCGAACCCAGGCUGGUCUGAAGCCAGAGAGGAUUCCUUCUCGAUAAUGCCCGGCAGCGCCCUCCAAGCGCUGUGUGUACUCACACGGCACCUCAAUCCAGGAGAUCCACAGACCAGCAUGGCCGCUACUGCCGCUGUCAGUCCCAGCGACUACCUGCAGCCCGCCGCCUCCACCACCCAGGAUUCCCAGCCAUCUCCUCUAGCCCUGCUUGCCGCAACAUGUAGCAAAAUUGGCCCUCCCGCCGUGGAAGCUGCAGUGACCCCUCCUGCUCCCCCCCAGCCCACACCACGGAAACUUGUCCCCAUCAAACCUGCCCCUCUCCCUCUCAGUCCUGGCAAGAAUAGCUUUGGAAUCUUGUCCUCCAAAGGAAACAUCCUUCAGAUUCAGGGGUCACAACUGAGUGCAUCCUAUCCUGGGGGGCAGCUGGUGUUCGCUAUCCAGAACCCCACUGUGAUCAACAAAGGGACCCGAUCAAAUGCCAAUAUCCAGUACCAGGCGGUCCCUCAGAUACAGGCGAGCAACUCCCAGACCAUCCAGGUACAGCCCAGUCUCACCAACCAGAUCCAGAUCAUCCCCGGCACCAGCCAAGCCAUCAUCAGCCCCUCACCAUCCAGUCACAAGCCUGUGCCCAUCAAGCCAGCCCCGGUCCAGAAAUCAAGUACGACCACCGCCCCUGUGCAGAGUGGGGCGAAUGUGGUGAAGCUGACAGGUGGGGGCGGCAACGUGACGCUCACUCUGCCCGUCAACAACCUUGUGAACACCAGCGACUCCGGGGCCACCACUCAGCUUCUCACGGAGAGCCCCCCGACCCCACUGUCUAAGACUAACAAGAAAGCCAGGAAGAAGAGUCUCCCUGCCCCCCAGCCCCCUGUGGCUGUGGCCGAGCAGGUGGAGACAGUGCUGAUUGAGACCACUGCGGACAACAUCAUCCAGGCAGGGAACAACCUGCUCAUUGUUCAGAGCCCCGGUGGGGGCCAGCCAGCCGUGGUCCAGCAGGUCCAGGUGGUGCCCCCCAAGGCCGAGCAGCAGCAGGUGGUGCAGAUCCCCCAGCAGGCCCUGCGGGUGGUGCAGGCGGCAUCUGCCACCCUCCCCACCGUCCCCCAGAAGCCCUCCCAGAACUUUCAGAUCCAGGCGGCUGAGCCGACGCCUACUCAGGUCUACAUCCGUACGCCUUCCGGUGAGGUGCAGACGGUCCUUGUCCAGGACGGCCCCCCGGCAACAGCUGCAGCCACCUCUGCCACCACCUGUAGCAGCCCUGCGCCCCGUGCUCCCCAUCUCAGUGGGACCAGCAGAAAGCACUCGGCCGCCAUCCUCCGGAAAGAGCGCCCCCUGCCAAAGAUCGCCCCCGCCGGGAGCAUCAUCAGCCUGAACGCAGCACAACUGGCGGCCGCGGCCCAGGCCAUGCAGACCAUCAGCAUCAACGGUGUCCAGGUCCAGGGCGUGCCUGUCACCAUCACCAGCACCGGCGGGCAGCAGCAGCUGACGGUGCAGAAUGUCUCCGGGAACAACUUGACCAUCAGUGGGCUAAGCCCCACCCAGAUCCAGCUGCAGAUGGAGCAGGCCCUGGCUGGAGAGGCCCAGCCUGGGGAGAAGCGGCGCCGCAUGGCCUGCACGUGCCCCAACUGCAAGGAUGGGGACAAGAGGUCCGGAGAGCAGGGCAAGAAGAAGCAUGUGUGCCAUAUCCCCGACUGUGGCAAGACUUUCCGGAAGACGUCCUUGCUGCGGGCCCACGUGCGCCUGCACACCGGUGAGCGGCCCUUUGUCUGCAACUGGUUCUUCUGUGGAAAGAGGUUCACCCGGAGCGACGAGCUGCAGCGGCACGCCCGCACGCACACAGGGGACAAACGCUUCGAGUGUGCCCAGUGUCAGAAGCGCUUCAUGAGGAGUGACCAUCUCACCAAGCAUUACAAGACCCACCUGGUCACGAAGAACUUGUAAGGCCAACUGAGGCGGGAGGCCCCGAAGACACAGCCCCUCAUCUGUGUCCUGCCUGGGCCCCUGGUGGAAAGGAGGUCCCCGGGCUGCUGUCGGCCCCUCCCUUCUGUUCUGCGACUGUCCCCCACAGGAAGGGGCUCCGCUGCCCCUACUCGCCUCCCUCUCAAGCCCCUUGGCUCCGCCCUGGCCCUCCCCUCUCACCUCGAGCUCCCGGCCUGCCCAGACCGUGGACGUUGGCCGUGCCCAAUGAGACGUUCUAAACCAGGACGAGUGGGAACCCUUAUUUCCAAAGGAAAAACAUGAAUUUCACUCCGUCGAGGAGCAAAGUGAGCCCCCCCAGUCCUCUCCCCCAACACUGCCGGAGUCGCAUUGUGCCAUGUCCCUCUCUCUCCCGCCCCUCCCCAGCCCCACCAGCCGCCUCGGAUGCCCUGGGACCCUGCACCCAGGGCACCACUGGCUCUCCCCCUCCCCCCGGAGUGGCUCACGGGGCUGCCUCCACUCCACAUGCCCAGCCCUGCCACAGCUCUCCUCCAGCACAUUCCAACUUUCUAUUUAAAAAGUCAAGCUACCCACCGAUGCCCUCUUUUUCUAUGGAGAACGUUGCCUUAUACUCUACUUCAGAUGAUGAACACUGUGUAUUGUGUGUGCUUUAAAGUUUUAUUUAAUUGCUCCCUUCUUCCUGUCCUCGUUACUCACGCCCCCAUGCCUGCUUCAGUUUAGGGUUUGGGGGGCAAUGAAGAGCAUACAGAUUUUUUUUCUCUAGCAAUUCUCUUUUCUAAAUGACACAGCAUUUCAACUCGAAUCUGGAUCCAGAUAAAAACACCUUCACCUCCUGAUCUCUUCCCUCUUCCCCUCAUCCCACCCCAGCUGUGGCCCCAGCCCUACUUGUGUACAGUGUAUAUUGUAUAAUGGACAGUUGUGUCUACUACAUGUUUAAAAACAUAUUGCUUGUUAUUUUUGAGGCUUUUAAAUUAAACAAAAAUCCAACUUUAUUUUUAGUUGUAACUGCUUGAGGUAUGUUUUAUGAAUUAAGUGACAGAUUUGUUAUCCUUUAUUAACGAUGUACUUUGUUGGUCAGCACUGGGCUGACAAAAAUUUUUUCUUGCUAAUAAAUUUAGUUGCCUGAGGCAAAAUCUGCAA